UCGCGCGCCGCGCUCCUACCGUUGUACGUUUUCAAAACAAAACAGCCGUUCGAUUGUUCCAAUUUGAAAAAUCCACCACAAAACGAUCAAACACAUCGCAGUAUUCACAAACAACGGGCAACAAGUGAAACAGAGAGUGUGCCGUGUUCGUCUUGUCGCCUCCUAGCGCUGGUUCGCGAAACACGAUAGCUUCAACAUUCUACAACUAAGUCUUGAACUGAAAAUGUGGUGGGUGCAGUGCUGCGGUUGAUAUGUGUUGUACAAGUUGACACAGCUGUGGAUUGUUUUAUUAACACGAUGAUAUUCAUACGAUUAACAUGCGUUCUAAUAAUAGCAUCAAUGUCAUCAUUAGCCGUCCAGUUUCCUCCGAAUCCCACGUCAGAUAUGUCUGCAGAUGAGAAAACUCCAAAGGCCAAUAAAACUAUUGAACAAUCGGAGGAAAGCGGUCAUGAAAUAGAAACGGAUGUCGAUGAAGGAAAAGAGAAAAAGUUUUUAGAUGACGCUAUGAGAACAGUACUAGAUCCUAAUACCUUAAUUAUAAAGACCAAUGAUAUAGUCGAAACUUUUAAAUAUCAAUUAGAAGAAUUAGAUAAGGUUAAUACUACUCUUGACGUUUUUAUGGACGAAAUGGAUAAAUUAAGUUUGGAUGUUUGCAAAACUUCACAAGAUGCUUUGUGGUCCUACGUCACUGAUAUAAACAAUGAAGCUAAGAAGAACAAAAUGGUUCGAAUAGCUGCAGAAGAGGAUGAAAUAAAAAAGCAAUAUUGGAACAUAUUGAAAAAGAAAUACUUGAAUGACGAACAGAUUAUGAAUGAUCCGAAAAUGAAGAGGAAGAUAAGAAUAAUAAAAGAACGAGGGACCAAUGUGCAGAUGCCGCAAAGCAAGCAAAGAGAAGAAAUUGAUACAAUGCAGAGAAUUUGGAGUCGUGUGACAGUUUGUGCAUAUAACACAUCAUGCAACUCGGAAGAUUCGGUACGAACGAUGAGUGACGUAAUAACGAUCUUUAAAACAAGCAACGAUACAAAGGAAUUGGCGUAUUAUUGGAAAGUUUAUCGCGAUACGACCGGAAAGAAAAUACGUCCCAUAUUCAAAGAUUAUGUGGUUAGAAUGAAUAGAGUGGCAGAAUCUGAAAACUUUACUGAUGCCGGUGAUAUGUGGCGAUAUGCUUUUGAAGAUGACGAUUUCGUUGAAACUGUAGAUAGGAUAUGGCAGGAAAUCAAGCCAUUCUAUGAUUUAUUGCACGACUAUGUAAGAGCAAAGUUGAAAAUUAUAUACAAGGAUAUUCUAAAAAGCAAUGACAAAAUGAUUCCAGCCCAUAUAUUAGGAAAUCUGUGGGCUCAGGAAUGGCAAUCUAUAUAUCCAAAAGUAGUCGCAUAUGCUGACCAUAUGAGGCCAAAGCUACCAGCAAAUGAGACUAUACACUCAAAGGACUUGUUUGAUGCAGUUGACGAAUUCCACCAAUCACUUGGUUUUGAAAGUGCGAAGGAUUCUUAUCAGGACAUUAAAGAAACAAUGACUACCGCCAAUUGCUUGCCGUCCAGUCACGACAUGUGCGAUGGAGUUAGUUACAAGAUAAAGUGGUGUGGUGAGAAGGUGACGGAUGUGGUUGUUGGCCUGUCGCGAGCCGCCAGACUUUUGGGACACGUCCAAUAUUUCAAACACUACAGGAAUCUUCCCCCGUUAUACAGGGAUGGGCCGAAUCCAGCGAAUAGCAGUAAUCAACGCAGUGCCCAGCCGGCUGUCACAAAGGCCCUUCCUAUGCCGAUUGACGUUGUCAGGUCUCUUGUAGUAGGUCGAAGGCCUACCUCCAUAAUCCGGUCACAAUUCGCGUUUCACGAUGCAAUCUCCGACAUCGUUGCCGUUCAGUUAACCUCGCCCGAGCACUUGAAGACCCUGAACUUGGUGAAGGUUGAGACUGGUCCCGAGGUGACUUUGAACCAUCUGCUUUGGGUCGCCUUGGAGAAGUUCCCGCUGAUGGCCUUCGCGUAUGUCCUGGAUAAGUGGCGGUGGGAUGUUUUUGGGAACAGCAGUUUGGAGAAUUGGAACCAACAUUGGUGGGAUUUGAGGAUGAAAGAAACAGGAGUUUCUCCACCGGUUCCAAGGAACGAGACUGACCUAGAUCCGGCUGCGAAGUACCAUGUAGUGUCACACGUCCAGUACAUUACAUACCUGAUAUCGCAUGUUUUGGAAUUCCAAAUCCUGUUAUCGCUUUGCAAGAGAGCGAACCACACGGGACCUCUUCACGAAUGUUCUAUCUAUGGAGUUAAGGAAGCAGGAAAACUUCUAAGUGACGGCAUGGCUCUCGGCGCAAGCGAGGAUUGGAGAACAGUCCUGCACGCGAUCACUGGUGAAACAGAACUAUCCACAGAUGGUAUUCUCCAAUAUUUCGCCGAACUACAAAAAUUCCUUAAAGAAGAGAAUGUCAAAAUGGCUGUUAUAGGCGAAGGUGACAUGGACCAGAGCGCGCCAAUCAUUGUGGGUGCCAUAGUAGUGUUAUUGACAAUUCUUAUUAUAGUCCUAUACUGUGUUAAGAAACACGAUGUUGGCAGCAAAGUGUUUUCCGUUUGCGGUCUAAGUAAAAAUGGCUCUUUGGACAUAGUGACAAACGAAUUGCCACAAGGUAAGAGCAACGAAGUAGAUGGGAUUAGUGAAGAUAAGGUUUGAAUAGUAAGCUAGAAUAAAUCUGAAUGUGAUUACACUAAUGUUUAUUUUAUAAGUGAAAGUAUUGCAGAAAUCUAGGACAGGACCAAUAGAGAUAAGAUAAACAAUUAUUUAGCAGUUAUCGUGACAGUGAUUAUAAACAAGUUAUGAUUUGAUUACAUAAUAAGGUAAAUAUAUUUGUGUGAAAGUUUUGAAUUAUUGUUUAUAAAUAAGUUCUAAUUGCCAUGGGUAUGUUAUUACGAAUAAACUUUAUUGAUUUAUCAUCGUUGAU